AUGUCAAGUGUUAAUAGGAGAAAUAGAAAAGAUGAAAAGUGAGUUUUGGUUCUGGGGAUUCUGAAAAUUGGGGAACAGGGGAAUCACAUUUGCGGAUGGAAUUUUCAAAAUAUCGUUUUUGUUUUCAGAUCUGAAGCUGUAAAAGCGGCACAGCCAAAAUCGCGUCGAAGAUCAGCUGAAAAAGCUCAAAGAACCGCUGAAAAAACACAGAGAUUGCAAGAAGAAAGCACCAUAAUUAUUGAUUGGAACAAAGAUUUCAACAUGUCGGUCGACAAAAAAAUGAAAGAAUUUGUCGAGAAAAUGUACAAAAUUGAGACGGAAACCAAAUUGAGCACUCAUUUUUUGAACAAUCUCAUGAAUAUGGCAUCAAACAAUCAAAAAUACACCAAAUAUAUGGAGACUCAACAAAAGAAUCGUAACCCAGAUGUUUUUUGCUUGGAAACAACUCGCGUUAAAUUGAAGGGAGGAACUGAUGGACAAGAUUAUAUUCAUGCAAAUUAUAUCACUGUUGAGAAAGCCAAAAAAGCCUAUAUUGCCACUCAACAUCCAAUGGCAAGUACUAUUGAAGAUUUUUGGAAUAUGGUUGUCAACGAAGAAAUUGAACUCAUUGUUUCUUUGACAAACUUGGUUGGACCUGAUUUUCCAUCAUAUUUUCCAACAAGAAGAAAUAGUUUUACUGAAUACGGUAGUUAUCAAAUCAUUUGUAAAAAUAAUCGACAAACCAGUCUCAAAUAUUCUCCACAGGUUUUGACUCUUGAAAUUGUUCAAGAAGGUUGUGCAAAUGGUUGGAGUGUAAUUUUGUUGAAAUAUCCACAUUGGGCAAAAGGAUCAGUUCCAACAAGUCCAAAAGUUGUCAUGACUUUGAUGAGAAUGAUGAGUAAAGUGGUAAGUCUUGAAUAGGCUCGUUUCAUAUUAGAAUUAUGAUUUUUGUUUAAUUUCAGUUCAAAUUUGCUCCAAUCGUCAUUCACUGUGAAACUGGUGUCAAUCAAUCGGCUGUUUUGAUCUACACUGAUUUGAUUUACAAUCUUCUUCUUGACAAUCAAACAGUUGAUGUGAGUUUUUGAAUCAGUUUCGACAAAAAUUAUCAAAUUUUUUUGGUAUGAAAUUCUGAGACCCUCUAAGCUCAAUCAAAUUCUACUUUUAUUGUUUCAGAUUGAUGAAAUUUUCCAAAGUAUUCGAAAACAACGUGUUUCAAUGCUUUCACAACGCAUUCAUUUUGUCUAUUCGAUUUAUGUUGUCCUUGAAUUCAUCAAGGUAUGUUCUCCGUCGACUAACAAGUUUCAUAAUUUUAUCCAUAACUCAAUUUAAUUUUCAGAUACGAUUCAUCCACAAUAAAACAAUGCCCGAAGUUGUCAAAAUGAUUGAAACUAUGGAAAAAACAUUGGAACCGGAAUUUUCCAAAUUCAUUUCUCCGGAACCCAGUGAGCCAAAGUAUAGUUCGCCAGGGCCAUCCGAUUUAAUGUAUUAA